AUGUAUGAAAAGAACACUCUCAUCGACAUAUUUCACCAUGUCGCCUUGCCCCCCCAGCUUCCUGGAAGUCCAGACACAGAGCCGCAGAAAGUUGACUACGGCCUCAUCGAACGCCUACGCAGGGCCGUCAGAAACCUUCGCCACUAUGCGGAAGAUGACACAACGACUGUCUGGAAAAGCCUUGAUGAGACUCUGAAAGAGUGUCGUGCGAUUAACGAUGGCAGGGUCCACAAGGCAGCUUUGGUGAGUGCGUUCCAGAGGCUGGGCCCAGAUCACCCUAUCAUCGUGCACGUCGUCGAACACAACGCAGCCCUCCUUUUCCAUCAAGCUCAUGUGGCCGUCGAAGCCUUCGAAGCCUCACCAAGUGCCGAGCCCACCAUUGCGGCGCCCGGUGCGCUACAGUGGGAUUUCCCCGGGGUGGCGAUAUCGCUAGACAAGGAAGAAUUUGACAAGCCAUCUCUCCAAGAGAGUAUGGGGGAAUUCCUGGAGAGAGCCAGUACGGAGCCCCUCGACGAGUUUACGCCAAAAUCACAAAAGGCGGGCGUCAAGGUGACUGAAACAAGAGACACCAUGGAUCCGGACUUGAUCACCGACUUUCUGAUCACACCAGUCCUCCUUCGCAAGCGCAUCAAAGACGAUGUAUGCUGGAACAACGCGGAGCGACCGUGGCGGCGUAGCCCUCUAUGGCUCGUGCUUCGUGUCUGCCUCCAACGCCUGCUGUACUUGCGCUUGGGCAGUGAAUUGGCAGAUCUACUGAGAGACCUCGUGGAAUCACGCGCGGUGGGCCCGGAGCAAUGGAGCUGGUUGAGGGCCAAACUUUGCCGUCGCCUCACCAAGCUGGAAACUAUGAAGGAUUCUCUAUGCCCAGAGUCACAGGCUGCCUAUACCCGACUCGCGAACCAGCUGGAGCCUUUCUACACGGAGCAGAUUGAGAUUGCGAGCAGUGGCAUUGAGCAGGAGUGGCAUGACUUUAAGAAGAACUUCCUGCGUAAAGUACCAAAGCUACCACUCAGGGCUGGUGCAGCAGAGAUGCACCUAAGUCUACCCAACAGCAUAUCCUAUCUCCGCAAUAUCCUGCAACAGCCUCAUGAUGGUAAUCCGAGGUCCCGCAACACGAAUCUUGUCCACCCGGCGAGCAAGGCGAGCGCAGAUAUGACGGACGAGUUUACCACAUUGUUCAAGGUUUACUCAUCCCUAGCUGAGUUGGAGCAGUCAAUAGAUUCCGGUGAAUGGAGGGCUCCAGCGGCUGGCCUAGUUCAGAGCAUCGGCGCUUGCACUAAAAUUGCCGACAGAAUCGAGGACUAUCUUCAAAGAGUUGCGGGCGCCUAUGACAGAGAUCCGGAGCAAUUCAGCCUCUUAAUCUUGAACAUAUUUGAGCUGUGGGUCUAUAUGGACAAAUGCGCGACCGUCGCCUAUCCGCUGCUUCUCGAGUUCCAUCCGGUAUUCCGCCCAGAGCUACUUGACGUCUUGCUCCUCUCUAGACGAACCGACCUAGACCGUCUGCAUGCGAUUCAACUCCAUCUUCAUGGAAGAUGCGCGACAGUAGCUGACUCAAGCGUGUCAAUCUUUGCAGACCCGGCUCCGGGUUGCUUUGCUGAUCGAUACAUGGAGCUCGACGUCGGGAAAAGCUUGAGAGAACUACAGAAAGCCAUUGAAGAUGCAUCUCAGGCUUCAAGCCAGAGAAAGCUAAAAGAGCUCCAGAAAGUGAAUAGAAAGUUCGAAUCUUUGACUACGGAGUUGUCAUCGAGUGACUGUACCCAGCGAAAGAACCCUGACGGUACUCAUGAUAUUCGCGAUUGCAGUCACUGCUACUACAAUCGAAGUCGAAAAAGUCUAGAGAUCAGCGCUCAUGAAGCGUAUCUGCCUUGCGACGGAAAGAUGGCUGAAAAAAGAGCCAUUGUUUUUGAGUUGGAAACCCCCGAAGCAUUUGCCGCCUACCGCAGUGCUACGUGGCAUCUCAUUGUUCGAUUUGGUCCUAGACUAGCCUCACCGAAUGCAAUGGCACCGAUGAAGCUGCUGAGUGAGUACGCGAAUCUUUCCGGAUACUUCAGAGAGAAUGCACGCCGCGGAGGGUUGUCUCUAGCCUCGACUACCAAGUCGUUCUUGGAUACCCAUUACAAAUUGCGGCAAUUCCCAAUCGCCGAGGAAAGCGUGCUGCUUCCGUCGGGUUUAACCUUCAAGUACUAUGAUAAAGGUCGCAAUGUAUGGGGAGGGGACUUGCCAAAAACACUCACAUUUGCGCAUCACUUUGCCCUUGCCCUCCCAUCGAAUCUUCCCCUCGCACAGCUGUACUCUUCAUCAAGUUUCGCUCCGGACGGACCAGGGCCUUCGUCAUAUGAAGCUCUUGCGGAAUCACGGAAGCGUCCUUCUGCAGUGACCCUCCAUGAGUUUCUCGCACAUCAGAGCUUGAUGGCCGGCAAGCAACGUCGGUGGAUUUCGAUCCUUUCUGAGCUCGGAUCGUCGAACAUCAAUUUCAGCGCGCACGAAACAAUGGCUCUUCUGCAGCAUCUCGCCUUGCAGGCUGGCCCCUGGCAGCAGCGAGAAUCUUUGAGAGUCAUACAUUCUGUCUUCCACGAAGCCGUCUUCUGCAAGCGACUGAUACAACAAAUUGAUCAACACGUUUCGUUGAUCACCUCGAACUGGCGCGAGGUCAUGUACAUGGAAACGAUGCUGACUUUGACGAUGCGAGUGUGCAGCCUGGGGUGUGAUGAAGUGUCAAGAUGCGCCAACGAACUGCUGUUAAAAAUCCGCAGUGUGACGCAUCGUUGGAUCCAUCACCUACGCAACGAAGCACGCAAAGCUGUCGAGGUCGAUGUCGCGGACAGAACAGCGCGAUAUUGCUUCUUGGCCGCUCUCCUCUGUCGCCGCACUUUUGAUCGAACGACUAGCGCCUCAAUUGAUGCGGCCUCCACCCAAACAUGGAUUGAAGCCACACUUUCCAUGCAGGAAAGCCUGGUCAUAGAUGCGAGUAAUUUCGAUGCAUUCACUCGGAGGAUGCUAGUCCGCGACAUCAAGAUGUCCAAUCGACUGUGCCAGGUGAUUCAGUUCGCGGUCAGGUGGUAUCCCUCAAGCGUGAAUGCAGCCAUCGACAGAGUAUGGUUCAGUGCGCGUGAGGGACAACAUACUAUCUGGCAGCAAGAAGAAAAUGGCUGGAUAACUGCCACAGCCCGCGGUACUGAUGAAGAGCGAGAUCAAUAUCGCCAGCUCCACAUCCUGGAAGGCCACUUCUUGAUCGACGGCAAGCCUCUGGGGAAGCUUCCAGCCGACAUCCGUAACUCAGAUGUGCUCAAGGAACUGUUCGGCAACGAGAGACUCAGUGCUUUCCCAUCGAGUCUGCCCGGGAUGAGUUAUAAAUUGGCGCUGGCUAGGAACGGCUAUGAGGUUCACUUGGGUUACCGAGGUCAGGACCUCGUGAUCUGGGCCUGCAAGGAGAGCCAAACUUUGGAGCAUGUUCCUCGGUCUGUGUUUGGCAGUGGCAAGAAACCGGACUUACCAUACUCCUUACUUCGUGACUGUGUGCACUGGAUCAAUAUCAAAACGGGAAUCCUCCAGGCGAGGCGUAUACCACAAAUCUGGAGAGAGAGGCCGGGCGACUGGAAGAUCAACAUCCGAACCCAGCAGGCUAACCGACGCAAGUCAUAUCUGGUUGACCCCCGUUCUCAACUCGCAAUGACGAUAGCUAGCAUUUUCUCUCAUUUCGAAAAAGCCGCAGAGCUGACAAUCUAUCAACCGCCGCAAACCAUGCUCUCGGUCGAGUUGAAGGCAAUGAACCUCAGAUUCUAUGUCAACCAGAGACAGCGCCUGCAGUGCACUCAAUUGAGCGCAGAGAUUGACCCCAAUCAAGACGCUGGUACACUUUAUGGACUCCAAAGUAUGCUAGUACUCCGAAAUAUCUACAAUCGUUCACAGCGCAGUAUCAUUGUUCCCGUGGGCAGCAUCCAAAUCGAGCGCCAAGGCAUACAUGUUUUGGUCAAGAAAGAGAACAAUGGGAACUAUGGGAGGUAUCAGAUUGACGGAGUUCUCGGUCGGCUUCACUGCCCUGCCGAGCCACUACUUCUUUACACAAAAGCCCAGCUUCAUGCAUUCACUUCCUUCGUCUCUUCGGACCCGCUGACAGGGCGUACCGGUACAGAAGAGGCAUUGGCUUGUUUAAAGUCCGCCUCCUCAUUACCGUGGAGACCUCUCGAGUCCAACAUCGUGGAUCUGUUACGAGGAAUCUCCGGGCUCACGCCGGUCCAACAGAUGGUGAGGUGGAAUAAGGAACUGACAGUGUCCAUACAGCAUGAAGCGUAUCAGCCAACCAUCGAGUCGAUUCUGAAGAGGUCACAGAGACUUUCUCUCUUCCAACCAGGUAUCCCGCCUCGCGGAACCAACACUAGCGGGAGUCAAGUAUAUCUGCGAGAUAGAGCUCUUUGGCGCCGCUCUUUGUACGAGCGAUCGGACACAUGGAACGAGGACAAAGUGCAAGAAAUCGCUGAUGAGGUAUAUGUAUCGCGUGCUAGAUAUCGUUCGUCCACGCGGGCGAAGAAUGUGCGUGAGAUUGUCUCCCUGCUCCGAGAACGGCCUUCGGAGAUCGCAACGACGGAUCAUCUCGCUCAUGUCAUACAGCGCUGGGGCCACGUCGGGGGCUAUGACGGCAAGUUCAUUCCCUCCACUGUGAAGGCCGCCAUAUCAAUUGACCUUGCGGCCAAUUGGGGUCGCUUGGUUCGGCUUUGCGCUGAGAGUCAAACGCGUGAUGUACAUUAUUUGAUGUUCAACCUCGGUCUUAUAGCCUAUUCGCAGAAUGUCAGCAUGACAGCCCUUCGUGUCCUAGCAGCCUUUGUCACUUUGGACGAGCUGAAGAAGUUAAGACUACCCCAGCACGAAGCCUUUGAGCAAGUUCGCGAAAACGGCAAGCCGGAUUCUCGAUUGCUUCUCGAACUGGUGGAACCAGCGUUGAUCAAGUUUACAGCUCCGACCCCGGUCAAGAGGCCUAAAAAUUCUACCACAUGCUUGAAAGCAGCAGCUAUGGCUGAACAUGAAAGGGCCAAGGAAGAACACGAAUCUCAGUGUAAUAGCGAAAGUCAACGCCUCGUGACCUUCAUUCUUUCCCAAUGGCCCUGCUUGGAGCCCUCACUCGAUGGGUUCUCGUCAGAAUUUGUGAACGUGAUGGACGCCCUGGACCUAAUUAAGCCAGUAUGGUCGCGUCGUUACAAGAACAUGCAACUUCUUGCCCAUAUCGAGGAAGUACAAAAGGUAUUGAACACCCACGGCAAUGUGAGAGCCAACAGACCACAAGAUUCACCAGCGAGCGGACACGUGGAGUACUUUGAAUCGCGCUCUGGCAGUCAUCCAAGAGUUGCAGUUGAGCUCGGACGUGACCUGCUCCAUACACCAGGCCCGCCGCUCGCGCAGGCUGAACACCACCAUCAGAAAUGCGCGAAAAAGAAGCCCCACCAUCCCACCGACCCGCGGAGAAGACGCGGUGAUCGGCCAGUGUCUACUGGAGAGAUUGAUGAACUUGAAAGCAUAGUGAGGAGCAUGAUCAACUCGGACUGUCCUGUGAGAUCCAGAUAUGGUCGAGACUUGCAAGUGAGCAUCCAUGCGCUGAAGGAUAAAGACCAGGAACCGAACAAGUCCCAAUCACCCAAAUUGUCCUACUGGAAAGGGCUCGAGAGAUACAAAGAGGAGAUUCGAGAUACGCAGGAUGUUGUGGACUCUCACUAUCGGCAGAUUCAUUCAGCUCUUCUAGCUGGGGAUUCGAGACUGUAUUGGUUGCUGAAAGGCAAUAUCGCACCAUGCAUCACCACGGUCACUAUCUUGCAGCAGCUUAGGGGCUCGCUCCUACAACGCCUGUUGCGGAUCAGAGAAUUCUUCGCUAGACGUGAUGAAAGCCGGCUCGAUCAAGAGUACUGCCAGAGAGACCAUGCGGUGUGGGAUUACAUGAGAUACUCGGACUGGAUUCUCGUUGAAAUCGAUGCGAAUAUGCAGAUACGGCAGGAACAGGUAACGGUUGCUCUUGAAAUGAUCACUCCAACCUCGGGCUCGAAUUCUGUUCUACAGAUGAACAUGGGACAAGGAAAGACUUCAGUGAUCACGCCGAUGGUGGCAUGCGCGUUGGCCAAUGGCAAGAUUCUCGCUCGGUUGCUCACACAUAUCGGAGGUCUUGUUGGUCGAGAAGUGCUGCAUAUCCCAUUCUCCCGACGAACAUUUCAUGAGAACACACUUCGUCAAUCCGGUAUCAUCUUGGGUGUUCCCGAACAUGCGUUGUCCUUCAAGUUGAGUGGCCUUCAGCGAGUUUCCGAUGUUAAGAUAGCCGAGGCUACUGAAAUGGUAGCGAUCCAAAAAUGGAUCGAUCGACAUGGUCGGGAUAUUCUCGACGAAUGUGAUUUCACCCUCGCGGUCAAGACACAGCUCAUUUAUCCCAGCGGCUCUCAGCUUGUUGUCGAUGGAUACCCCGAUCGCUGGGAGGUCACGAUGAAUGUGUUAGGGUUGGUCGCGGAUCAUCUACGAGACUUAGCACGGGAGUUCCCGCGCAGCAUUGAUGUGAUUGAAAGGGAAGAUGUCGCAUUUCCGAUCGCAUAUUUGUUGAGAAACGACGUUGAGUUGGCUCUGAUGAAAAGAGUUGUGAACGAUGCUUGUCGCGGCGCCGCUGAGAUUGAGGCCGUGCGCAUCUUUCUUUCAGACCCGGCCGUUGAUGACUCGGUCACCAAGAGUCUCCAGCAGAUCUUCGAGAAUAAGCCUCAGACGCUUAAGAGAAUGUAUCUGCUGCGAGGCCUGCUGGUUCAUCAGAUCCUGCUGCUAUGUCUGAAGAAGAGAUGGAAUGUGCAAUACGGCUUGCAUCCUGACCGAGACCCAAUUGCCGUGCUAUUCCAUGCCAAGGGUGUUCCAUCGAACCAAGCGGAGUGGGGUCACCCAGAUGUGGCCAUUCUAUUCACCUGCCUUGCAUUCUAUCACGAGGGUCUGAGCCAGGAGCAAUGUCGACAGUGCUUGGAGGCUGUUCUCAGAGCGGAUGAUCCGGCUACCGAAUAUGACCGCUGGACGGAGACAUCAGCAAUUAUGCCAGAAAGCUUACGACACUGGAAUCUAAUCAACGUGAACGAUUAUGAUCAGGGUUUUAUGAUCUGGCAGCAUCUACGGUUUUCGACGACGGUGAUCAACUACUAUCUGAAGAACUUUGUCUUUCCUGUGCACGCAAAGCAGUUUGCUAUCAAGCUUCAGAUGUCAGGAUGGGACGUGCCUUAUUUCAGGAACUCUCCCGAGAUCUCUGACGGUACAACGACUGUACAACCGGGCCUGACCACUGGUUUUAGUGGGACCAACGACAACCGCAGACUGCUACCCCUGACGAUGAAACAACACGAUCUUCCUGAGCUGUCACACACGAACGCGGAGGUCCUCACCUACCUGCUCCAGAAAAGGAACAGGGAGUAUCGAGCUGCGGUCUUCAAAGGAAAGCGUAUGUCCGAAACAGAGCUGCUGUGUAGCUUGACCAAAACCGAAGUCCGCACCUUGAUUGACGCAGGCGCUUUUGUCCUCGAGAUGGACAAUCUGAGCCUGGUAAAGACAUGGUUGAUGCAUGACAAUGAUGCCCAAGCUGCAGUUUACUUUGGGCCGGAUAAUCAGCCGUGGGUUUGCUCACGAACAGGAAAGUGUCUACCACUGAUCGCAACUCCGUAUGCGGAUGAUAUGACGGACUGCUUGAUCUAUCUCGAUCAAGCACAUACCCGAGGUACAGAUCUGAAACUCCCAGCACAUGCUCGGGGAGCCCUUACCUUGGGUCUCAAUCAGACGAAGGACCAUACUGUGCAGGCAGCCAUGAGGCUCCGACAGCUCGGGACAACGCAGUCUGUGGUUUUUAUCGCACCUCCAGAAGUGCAUCAUAAUAUUCUUGACGUCUGCGGCAAGCACCAGGACGAGCAACUCGACUCCUCCGAUGUUGUGUACUGGCUAUUGCACCAGACCUGUGCCAGUAACAGGGAUCUCGAGCCGCUCUACAAUGCGCAAGGCGUCGACUUCUGUCGCCGUAUUCAGGCCGCUGAAGACUACCCUAACUUCAUUAAGAACCAUCAUCAGCGGAGGUACUACAUGGGGAUCCUGCAGCAGCCCGAGCAGCAGUCUCUGGAGCAACUGUACAAGCCGGAGCCCACCGAUGCGAGCGAUGGAGACUCGGAUUCGUCGAAUGAUUUCACAUAUUCGGGCCGAGCCGCCAGCUUCAUUGAAGUUCUGCGACAGCGACGCACGGAAGGCAAAGAUAUCCACCAUUCGGCCAUCGCCAGUUCCGCGCAAGAAGAAGUCGAGCAAGAACGAGAGGUUGCUUACGAGGUUGAAGAAGAGCGGGAGGUUGAGCGUCCUAAGUUGCUGACGGCGUACAUUUACCCCGGCUUGCAUCAAUCCCUAUCGCAGUUUGGGAAGACUGGUUCCCUCGAGGGUGUGGGGUAUGUGACCGCGGAGAGUAUGAUACUUGCAACUAAACUAGGUGGCAAGUAUAGAGACCAAGUGGGUCUGAGCCUGCCGCAUCUAUAUGUAUCGGUGGAGUUCACCAAGACGGUCAAGCUGAAGCCUGGAGAAAAGAUGGAUGAACUGACGCGCCCGGUGAACUGGCUACUUUGCAACAUCAAAACUGAGAUGGCAAUUGUGGUCACCCCCGAAGAAGCCGAAGACCUGAUUCCCAUCCUCCGCACUGAGGCAGCACCAUCGAUGCACCUCAUGACCUACGCAGCGCCGGUCACCAGGCGCAUGCAGCACUUCAGCAACCUUGACUACUACACCGUCCCCCCUCUCCCGGUCGCAAACUAUGUGCCCGCCUUCCUGGCGUUCGAGGUUGGCAUCUUCGCUGGAAGACUCUAUUUCGGUCCCCGUGAGUACGAAGAGAUCCUGGACCGCCUGGCUCUCGAAUGGGACGAUGUGGCCGGUAGCGCGGUGACUCCUGCGGAAGGGUCCUCACUCAACAUGGCCUUCCUGCAGGAGUGGCUGGCGUUGAGACGGCAAGGCCAAGAUAUAUCCCAUACGCCGAUGGGCUAUGUUUGUCAAGGCCGGAGGCUGCGUUCCGACCACCCAUUCUUCGUGGAGUCCGAUACCCGCAAGACCACAGACAGUUUCCUCCCUUCGUCUGGGAAGACUGUGAGUUUUGAGGAGCAGGAAGAGUACUCUGAUAGUAACGAGGGAGUGGAGGAUGAGGCGGAACAAAUCGAUCUGGGCGUGGAGGGGGAUGAGGACUUUGAAGAGGACGAGGACUUCGAAGGGGAGAUUUAGGGCGCUGCAAGGGUAAGGAUAGGAGGAUUGGAGAAAGCGAUGAGUUUGGUGUUGAGCUUUUGUGGGAGGAUGUCACGGGAGGUGGUCAUGUAUUUGUGGGAGCUUUCAGAGUGGUAUGCUGUUCAUGAUGUCACAUUCUCGUGCCAUCAAUCUACAAUGUCAAGUAUCCCAGUUGUUGAGAUAUGGCUUGGAUUAGAUGCGUGCCUGACAUUCAAUCAUGGUGGUUGGAAACUAGAUGUUGGCAAGAAAGUCCAUAGGACGAAGGAAUUCUGAGAAAUUCAAUGAUGCUUCCGCAAU